GGCUUCCUCUUUCUGAGGGAAGUGACGUCGCCUCUCCUCCCUUCACGCUUUCUUAUAUUGAGGGAGUCACUGGUGACGUUCCUGAUUGGCGGGUAAUUUAAAAAAACAACAACCAACCAACCAAGAGCGGCUCCGCGGUUAGACCGAGAAGGGUCUAAACAACGGGACCGGGGGCUGAAAGCCCUUUGGCGCAGGCGCUGCAGGCCUUGAGUGGGGUCGGGGGUUCUUCAACUCGACGGAAGGAGGUGAUGGCGGGGGGGACCUAUGGGCGGGGGGAACCGUUUCUUUUCCCAGCGCCCUAUGCAGGGAACGCCCUAAUUUAAGGCUCCUAUGACCCUUCGCCGGUGGGCUGAGGCUCUGCGAAGCCUCCCGUCUCCUAAUAUGAGAUGCUUGGAAAUAUUCCUCUCUCUCUCCCCCUCUCCUAUUCCAUUGGAAAGAAACCCUCCCUUAACCGCACCUUCUGGCCUCCGUGUGUUCAAGCGGGAGUUUUAUUUAUUGCUCUCGGGUAAAAGGCUGCCCAGGGCUGCAGCCUCAAGGGACGAAAGUGCCCCCCCUCCCGGUUCUCUGCUUGCUUCCCUUCUCAGGAAAGGCGCAGUUCCCCUCGACCUACUCUGCCUAACCCAGGGUGAGGGUCAGUGGCUGGGGAGGUGUGUGCAGGCUACUCUGGGUGGCAUCCCUGAAGGAGAUGACAAAAAUGAGGUUUUAAAAAUAAUUUUAAAAAAUUGAGCACACAAAACUUUUUAGUUCAGUCAACAAACGUAACGAAACGCGGCUGGCACUGGGCACCUUACCGCGGGGCCUGCAUGGUGGCUUGGGCGCCUGCAGCCUUCGCGCUGCCUGAAACAGCAGCGUGGGACUUGUGUUUGCCCUCCUCCUCUCCCUCAGCCUCCUGACAGCUGAGGGGGAGGCUCCAUGUAGUGUGCCUUGUCCCCAGCUGCAGGACGCAGCACCUGGCACCCCAGCGGCUAGCUACACCACUGGCGAGGGUGCUGGAGCGUCCUCUCCUGCUGGGGCGGCUCGAGGCCCUUUUCUCGAUGGGGCAGGACUUUCGCCCCCGAGAUCCCCAGUCGCCUUCCUGCCUCGUGGUAGAUGAUGGUGACCUAUUUAUUUGUAGUCUGCCUUUUCCCUUGAUGGGGUUCAAGGCAGCACACAGAUAAAAACCAACAUAGACAAAUGCCCAGCUUUUAAAAGAAUAGCCUUGCUUGGACCUUCCCAGUUCUGUCGCUGACCAGGCAGUAUCUUCACUCCCUCCAGCAGGCUUGCUCCUCUGCAGUUUGCCUACAACGAUGCAUCGCAGCUCCAGUACCAGCCGCCUCAGCUGCCGGCAGUCCAUCCAUCCUCUCAGGGUGCAGGAUACCAACAAGGCGGUGCCCAAUACUCCUCUAACGUAAGUAAGAUAGGUAAUUUCUCUUGUGGCGGGGUUUCAUUCCUGAAAGACAAAAGGGGUGCUAGGAUGCUGCUCAGAAUCCUGAGUGUGUUAUCUCCUGUCUAGCAGGUUACCCAAUUGCAUUAUCUGGGUUUUGGCCACUCUUUCGUUAUUAUAACUACUUAAUUCCUGAAUCCAGGUCACAGGCUCACCCUGUUCACACCUUAAAUGUGCCCUUAAGGCAGGAUUUGUGAGCACAGAGAUAGUGGGGAGGUUUUUUCCCAUUUCCUUCAACCUUGCAGAGAAAUAUUUGAGGUCAUUUUGGGAAAGAGAAAAUGGUUUCAGGACUUUUCUGUGGGUUUCAGACAUGUGGUUUACAUAUUUGUAUGUGUUUGCUUGGUACAUUUAUGAACAUUGUGUGUGUGUGUGUGUGUGUGACCUUAAAAUUCUUAGAACAGAACAAAACAACAACAACAAACCUGCCAAUGCAAUUCUCUGGUGACCUGCACCUGGAAUGCUGGGUGCACUUCUGAUCUUCAUACCUUAAAAAGACAUUGUAGAGUUAGAAAAGGGCAAACAUAAUGUUCAAGGUGGGGAGCAGCUAUGCAGAAAGGCUACAGCAGGCUUCCUCAAACUCGGCCCUCCAGAUGUUUUUGGCCUACAACUCCCAUGAUCCCUAGCUAGCAGGACCAGUGGUCAGGGAUGGCAGGAAUUGUAGUCUCAAAACAUCUGGAGGGCCAAGUUUGAGGAAGCCUGGGCUUACAGCAUCAGGGCCUUUUUAAGCUUGGGGAAAAGGCAGGUAAGCAGCCAGGGAAGGGCAUGAUGGAAGUAUAAAGUUAUACAUGAUGAGUUUGAUUGGGGAUAGUGUUUCUUCCUCUUUAUCAGAACCAGGGGACAUUAAGUGAACAUGAAUGCUGAGAGCUUCAGGGCGGACAAAAGGAAGUAUUUCUUAACGUAGCACAUAGUUAAGCCAUGGAAUUCACUACCACAUGUAGGGGUGGCCACCAACAUGAAUUAUUUUUAAAAAGGGCUAGACAAAUUUAUGGAGGAUAAAACUAUGCUCUACCUCCACUAGUAGAGGUGGUAUACCUCUGAAUACCAGUUCCUGGAAAUUGCAAGUGGAAGAAGCAAUGUUCCACUCAGAUCUCAUCCACAAACUUCCCAUAAGCUUCUCACUGGUAACAUCUUUCAGCAAGGUUUGUCUUACAUUCUUAAAGUACACAUUUUGAAAAUUGGAGUCCUAUUGGUGUCUGGUUUCUAUUUUAAUGAGAUUAUUAAAGGUGUUGUAUAUAGCACAUUAAAAAUAAGCAUAAGUCACAGUAAAAGGUCUUUUUUUAAGGGUAAGCAAGAGUAAAAGUAAUUAAGUGGAUGUAUAUCGAACUUAGUGUAUGCAGCCUAACAACAUCUGUAUUGCACUUUGAUACUAAUAGCUGGCAGCUUAAAUGAACAGAAUUUAAAGGUAACUUAUUUCACUGUGAUGUGUGCAAAUCAAUAUUCUUUUCAAGACAAGAGAGGAGGACAACCUUUGGAAAGCUGAGUGUGGGGAAACGUGGAUCAGUGACAUCGGAAAGGAAAACCAGUUUCUUUGGCAAAAGGUAAUAGAACACACAGACAAAAACUCCUGAAAGGCCUACACUUGGCAGAAUUUUUUAAAAAAGAAAUGGGCAUGAGGCUAUUUAAGCCACAGCACCAUUUAGAAGGCUGGAACAGUGUAACUUUGUGAUGCUAUUUCCAGCCAGCGGAAAUACUGCAACACUGUUAUUUCCUAUAUUUGGAAGUACCAGCUUAGAAGCUAUACCUACCUGUCAGAUGGCAAUGGUGGUUGCUCAUGAGUAACCAGUCAGGACUCCAACCUGUCUUUUACAGGUUUUAUUUUGGUGCAAAACUAUUUACAGUGCAGAACCACAAGUUCAUGUCUGCCUCAAUCGGUAGCAGAAUCCGGGAGUGGUCGUUUCCAGUCCUCCCCCAACAUAAGAGCUUAGUCACCCCCAGCCUUUUCCUUCCUUCUUUGCGUUUUGCACCUCUGCGUAGGGUGGGCGACGGAAGAGGCGUGCUUCCCUCCUGGCCAGCUUGGCCAGAAGCGGAGCUGAGGCUCCCGGCAGCAUUUCCCCUCCCUAACCCUGGAGGUGUGGCUUUCCCCACCCUCAGACUGGCGAGGUGCGUCGCUGGAGCUCCCAGCAGCAUCUUCUGGUCCCUCCCCCUCUUCCCCACUGGAGGUAUGGCUUUCCCACCACAGGAAGAGGAAUGCUUCGCAAGAUUUUCGGAGGUUCCCUGUAACCCAACUGCCCCUCUGCUUCCUUUCCCUGUUCCGAUGGCAGUCCCCUGACACUACCCUUUGAAUGUGGGAGAACUCUACGUUGCUUUGUUUUUUCAAGCCAGAUAUAGAGCAGUUUAACACUUUUAUUUGGCUAGAAAGAACAAUAAGAAUACCUUAGGAAAAGGAAAACCCCCCACUUCACUUUAAUUUUCUGGUGGAAUACUGUGGUGUGGCAAGUUGAAUGACUUUGUCAACUGUGAGUCUGACUUAUUCUUGUAACCUAACACUUGUGUCCAAGUAGCUCUGUUUGCGUAGUAGCAGCUAACUUGAGAUUCUCAUCUUACUCCUUUGUUUCUAGGACCAGUGGCCCUGGAAGCUUACGAAGCAGCCAGUAUGGGGCAUUCGGGAAUAUGGAAAAGAUCAAGGAACCUAGGCCACUUCAUGAUAAAGCAUACGUCCAGCAAUGUAUCCGACAACUCUACGAAGUACUUUUAAACUACUUACAUUUGGCCUGGGUUUGGAAUAUUUAGCUGAUUUUAGUUGCCCCUGAUUGAUCCACCUUAGGAAUCUCAUUGUAAGAUAAAAAGAGUAAAAAAAAAUACCCUAAGUAAAUGAGCAGCUGGAUUUUUUAAAGUGCUAAAUACUUUGAUACAUUUAUUUUUUAAAAAAUGCAAAGUGCUUGGUGCUGUUAGAAGAGGCAUUCCUUUCUUUUAUACUGGUAGGGGUGGGGAUGCCUUUUCUAAGAUGCCACCUUCUGAAAAAAGGAUUUUUUAAAAAGCCAGCAACAUACAAGACAAGUAUUUUUGCUCAUACAAGUCUUGGUAGACAAAUUCAUUUAACUUGCAUGGUUAGCUUUAUUUGAGUGGUGCCCUAAUUUGGAUUGUGUGGUUUCAUGUGGCUCUGGCGUGAAAUCUAACAUAUAUACACUAUGUAUAAGCUGUUCAUAGAUCUUUACUGUAAUAAGAGGUAUAAUUUUUAGAUAACUAAAUGUGAUAGAAAUAUAACUUUCCCCCCUCAGUUUCUUACUACAUAUGGAUAUGGUCCUACCGUCUCUGUGAAGUCACUCCAGGCUCCAUCUACUAAGGACUUUGUGAAAAUCUUCACUUUUAUUUAUGGGCAAUUUUGCCCUUCUUAUGAGCUUCCCAGUUCUAAGUUUGAAGAAGAAAUUCCAAGAAAUUUUAAAGAGCUUGGGUAAGUACCAGGAUAAUAUUCUAUAUGCACAUUUUUGUCAGUAUGAGAACGUUGUCUACACUGCUAAAAACAGGAAACUCUGACCCGUGGUCCGAACUUCACCCACCAGAUUGUUUAAGGGAAGCCAUAACCAUCCUCCCUAUGUAAGGAAAAUUUGGAGAUUCCCUUAUUGGAGGUCAAUAAUAAGGUAAAGAUUGCAUUUGCAAAGAAGCAACCCAAUUGUGGAAGUCACUACAAAGGAUUCAAAGACAAUACAUGCAUGCACAUAGCAUUGUAAAAUCAUUAAACCCACCCCUUCAUUACAUUAGUUCAACACAGUCAUAAAACAUCGUUUCAGCAACACUAAUUAGCAUUUUACACUUUUUGACAUGCUGCCAGGUGAAGGCAUCGUCACACUCUGCCCCUCAAACUGAGGGAGGAAGGAGCCACUAGGUGCCAGAGCCAAGAAACAUAUUGCAAGUCUUCUCAAUGGACUUCAUCACAUUGAUUUAACCUUUUAUCAAGGGGCAGUUUCUGUUGGUUUGCAAGCCCCCUCCACAGAGGCUGGCCCCUCUCACUGUCCUCGGAGCUUGCAUACCGGUAACCUCCUCUGGCUGAUAUCCAGACAGACCAGGGAGAUUUUGAUAGGCGACAUUUUCCCAAGCGUGGGUAAAAUGCACAACCCCCUCCCUCCUGCUUCCGCAGGGGAAAGAAAAUAAGUCAGAAAUCUAUUUACAUGAUGUUUAUUUCUGACAUUACAGCACUAGAGAAAAACAUGUCCUUUCAGUUCAGUUCUUCUAGCAAGUCUGACAAACUUCCUGAACAUGCACAGUCGGAAGGUUUCAAGUUACACUCUUCACAAUGACUUAUCCAGCCUGUGAACGUCCUGGGAAAUUCUUCUUUCCCACAGAUAGCCGCAUCAUGUGAUGUCAACAAUCUGGCUGUCUGCAGCAGUGAUGUUUCCAUAUACUGACAGUUUCCUCUGUAGCUCAGGUUUCUUCCCCCGUCUGUGCCCAAUACAAAGCCUGUAGGCAUAAUGUAUGGCAUUUGUUUUAAUCUGAAAUAACUACCAUUGUGUAGUCCACUGGCUCAUUACUCAUAAAACACUGGCUCACAUUAAGAAUACUAUUUCAUAUUUAUCAAAAAUGUAGAAAUAUGAUCCAUCUUUCCUAUUUUGUGUAGGAAAUGAUAAUUGGCUGGAACUAGACAGAUCAAGGAAGCAUUUCAGUUAAAUGCAUUGUGAACUUUAUGAGAAAUUGUGUUAGCAAAGAUGGAACUCCACAGCGCCAUCUGGUGUCACUGUUAUAAUGCAUCCAUACACAGUGGCACCUUGGUACUCAAACGACUAGCCGAUUUGAGAACGUUUUUUGGAAGCCGAACGUCCGACGCAGCUUCCACAGCUUGUGAUUGAGUGAGUGCAGGAAGCUCCUGCAGCCAAUCGGAAGUUGCAUCUUGGUUUUCAAACGGUUUUGGGAGUCGAACGGACUCCCAGAACAGAUUAAGUUCGAGAACCAAGGUACCACUGUAAAACACACAUAAAACACAUUUUCUUUACCAAUCUAGCUGAGUCCAUUAUAUGUAUAACUAGAGAUUCCUACUCUGUAUCAAUCAUUCUCUUGAAGUGCUUGAGUAUACAGCAUGUGGUCUAUCUCACUAACAUAUUGGCACAAAGUAAGUGUAUUGCAAAUAUUGACUGGGUGACAAUUAUGCAACAAGUCUUGACUUUAACCUGGUCUUGCUAGCUUUGAUAACCUGUUGUUAUCUUUUGAGACAGGCAUAGUCAAUAUGCUAUGCACAGUCAACUUAAAUAGCCAAAUUGUGGAUUGUAAGAAAUAACAAUAACUGAACUUUCGGCAGAGCAAUCCUAAAUGGGGCUAGGGAGCAACUGAAUGGCAGAGUAGAGUCACUGCCACAUCCAAAACCUUGCUGCUUGUACUGGUAUAGUGUGUUUGUGUGACAGGCACAGAUAUGUGGUCUGUCUCUUACUGCAGUAGCACCAGGCUGGUGCACCUAAGGAGUCCUAAUAGGGGACCUCUCAGCAGAAAGCAGUCGUGGAUCCAACAGAUCCUUAGCUAGCUCUGCUCCACCCCUGUAAUGCCCUGAAUCAGAGCCCUACACUGGCUACCAGUGAUGGGAUCGUUGCUAGCAGUAAAUAGCUUCUCAACUGACUGCUUUUGGCAACCUCAACAAGGUCUCUCAGGUGGCUGGGUUUUGCAGACAAACACCUCCACCAUAUCCUAAUCUCUAGUGGGGUUGAUGCAUAAUCAAAGUGGAGGGGGAAAAUGCUUUUCACGUCUGACUACACUUCCUAACCUUAAUAUUAAAUAGCAUAUAUUUUUGUAUCUUUUAAAAAUCAAAAUAUAUUACACAACUUUCUAAUAUUUUCUGCUUUUGUUAUAGAUACCCCUUUGCAUUGUCAAAAAGUGCUAUGUGCACAGUGGGAGCACCGCAUACGUGGCCUCAGAUUGUAGGAGCUCUGGUCUGGCUGACAGAUUGUGUCAAGGUACAAUAAAGCCAUUGGAAUAAGUCUCCAGUUACUUUUACAGGGUUUGCAAGUACUGUAAAUCAAACAUGGAAAGCUCGGGUUUACUUUUACUUUUUAUAUUUUUAUAAACAUGGAGACUCUACCUGACCAAUAUAAAAUGUUUAAACUCGUAGCCAUUUUGGACUCAUUGUUCUUCUGGCGAUUUUGGCAGCAAGGUUCUUUGCAACUUAAGAGUUCUAGAACUACUUUGACUUUAGGUGAUAUAGAGAAGGCUCAGCCAAAGCAAUAAUAUCUAGGUAAUUUUAAUACUGCAUUUUCUUGGUUACAUCUAUUUUGGUAAAUGUGGUAUUGACAAGAGAUUUGUACAGCUUCAUUGCUGUUACUAAGGAAACCUACAUACUCCUGUAUAAAUGUAAAGAAAUCUACUUUGCACAUUUAUUCAUGAACUGCGCUGGUCUACAGCAGCAGCUAGGUAUCGGCUGUAUUCUGUUGAAUAGUACUAAUUCAUGCAUGUUAAUAUAUGAUCUUCUCUGUCCUUUUCAGUUGUCUUUUUAUUUGAAAGAAAACAUGCCAUCAUUUGAUGAAGGGCAGACCUUGGAAGGAGAGACUGAAGAUGGAAUUAUACAUAACAAAGUAUGUGACGUGAAAUAUCAGGAAAUGUGCGAUUUUUGCAAGAACACAAAAAAGCAAUGUUCUGGUCUAAAGGAAGAGACAUCUUCUCUUCCCCUCCCUCCUGAUUUCCCCAACUCUGCCCCAACAGUCUCUUCAUCUGUGAGCCUACACAUAGGCACAGAGUUUAGAACAUUUUGAGAGAAACAGAAAAAUUUCUACUGAGGUCUACUAAUCUCAUGCUUUAAUUCCUGUUAAUAGGCAGGGAUGAGUAUCCAUCUGAGUAUUUUAUAAUUCCAUUUGUUUCAACAGUGUAUCAUUACCACCUCUUCUCUGCUCUCCCCACACACACAGUGGUGUAUUUCCAAAAUACAGUAGUGCAGAAGAUUUGCACCAAUUCCUAAAGCACCCCUGCCAGUGUAGUUAGCAGAUAGAAUCAUGCGCCUAAUGUCCCUCAAAAUACAAAAAAAAUUUUUAUUUGUUUGAAGUUCCAUUAAAGCUCUAGCUAAGAUGCAGCUGAUUCCAGGAAAUGUAGAAAUAAAUAACUUGGUUGCUCAUCUUGGAUUAUUUUAUAGACUUGCUACAUAAUACAGUUCUGAUUGGCCUCUGCUUCUGUGGUUAAAAAUCCCUAUAAUGAAACUGACUUGAAUAACUUUAUUUGCAGCUUUUUUUAGACUACACUAUCAAAUGUUAUGACCAUUUUAUGAGGGGUGGAGACAGCUUUGAAGAAUUCGAUGCUGAAAUAUACUCCAAAUUAAGUAAGUAGUUUUCAUUUAAAAACUAAAUAGAACUCAAUGGGUGCAAAUGCUAAUCUUGUGGUUUCUUCAGCACUUUUCCAUAGUUAACAUAUUUUUAAAAAAUUGUUAACCCAUAGUGAACUUGUUGAAAUAUAAUCAAUCAUUUAGUUAAAUGGAAGAAUCGUAUCUCAAAACCUUCUCACUUUGCCCAGCUCCCUUUUCUGUGAACCCAAGUACUUAUAUCUAGCCUCUAGAAGUCAUAUGGAUAAAAACAGUCCAAUCCAGUCCAGGUAUCUUUAGGAAACCCUAUCCCUGGUUAAAGUAAUCAUUGAUUAUAAAAAAUAAACAAUUUGUGCUUGAUAAACUACAGUUCCUGCAUUUUAUCAGUCUUUUCUGACAGGCAUGGGUUAGUUUUUAGGUCGUUGGGGCAUUCUAGUCAAUAGUCCAUAGGUAUUUAAUAUUAAAUAUUGCUAUUUGGCAGUAUCCAGGUCCACAGCAGAGCUGCUACACUGGAGUAAUGUGGGCAAGAGUAUAGGAUGCUUGAUUAAAUUUUAGCAAAAAUAUGGGGACUGGUUUUUUUUAAUGCCCCAUAGACGUGGUGGUGGGAAUAGUAUUAGUGUCUCAAACAGCUUCAACCAGGCAUCAAGUCUUCCUGUGCGCACUAUGUUUUGACAGAGAAAUAUGUGAUGAACUAGUGAAAGCUUGGUACCUUAAAUUCUCGUCCUCAUGCAUUUGCCUUGCUUUCCAUCUUUCCCUGAAAUCUAUUCCUUUUUUGAUGUUUCCAUAUAUGUUGCCCAUUUACAUUUCCAUAUGGUGUUUCCAUUUAUCUGGUAGUUUCCAUUUCCCCUAUCCAACCAAACUAUUCUAGCCUUGGUUGAACUGUAAUAUAUUAAAAAUGGUCCUAGGACAUGCUCUCAGCCCCAUGAUGUAGCUUUUUGGCUAAUUAUGUACCGACAUAGCCUGCAUAAUUGACUACCUGGGAGCCCUUUGUACACCACCUUGAGUUCAAUGAUGAAAUAAAGGUAGAAUAUAAAUGUACCGAAUAAAAAUAAGUGCUAAUUGAAACUUUUACUGUAUUCAUCACACACAACUUGUAUUUCAUGUAAACAAGCGACAAAGCAUUCCACACAGAGAGCAGUUAGGGCAAUCUAUUCUGCAAUGCAGCAACUUCAUUCCUUUUGGACAUUGCAUUGCAAAAUAGCAGUGGCUUGUAAAAUCUGCAGAAGCCUGUGUAAAUUUGCUUCCUAAUGUAUUCUUUGUUCUGAGCUCCCUGUUUUGGUAUAAUUGGUGUGUUGAGUUAUUAGCAGGUUAUUUUGACUUUUUUUUUUCUUUUUCUUUCAGAGGAUCUGUUUAAGAUAAAUGAACAUCAUUUGGAGGCGUUUGAAGCAGAACUGAAAAAGCUGAAUGAGGAGAUUGUAAAGCGUGAGAAGGAGAGAGAAAGUGAACCGGUGUGUAAAUGGCUGUGGGAAUACUAUUUAAAAUAUCUUCCCCACAUUUGUUUUAUCUGCCAUUCAGGAUAUGAUUUCAUUGCAGUAUGUUAACUUAUCUAUUGUGGGCAUUUGUUUUCUUUUUUUAAAGGACCGUUUAGGGAAUCUACGGAAACUGAAAUCAUCUUUAAAGGCAGAUGUUCAGAAAUAUAAUGCUUACAUGGCCAACCUGGAAUCUCGCUCAAAUGCGUUCAGUCAAAAAUCAAAGAGUAUUACGGAGGAGUUGGAGGCUGGUGGUAAGGACAAAACACUGCUCAACAGUAACUUGCUGUAUAACUUAUUUCAUUGUCCCAUCUAAGGUUUUCUAAAAUAAAAUAUUGUGCAUACCUCUGUAUUGUAGUGAACUUUUUCCAAAGGAGGGAUUUGCAUAGAAAUUAUUUGUUUUUGAACUACUCUGAGCUGGUAAACAAAGUCAAGGUAGUCAUAUGAAGAUAAUUUUUAGAUCUAAAAUAAAGGUACCCUUAAAGUAUAUAGGGCUUAUUCCAAACUAUAAGACAGGUUCUUUUUUGUGGUAUUUCCCAAGUGCCAGGAAAAAAAUAACACUGAGAUUAUCUAUCUCUUCCCUUCAUAAUUUUGGUAAGUUUCUCAUUUCUUUCAAUAAGUUUCAGUUUGUGAAAAAGCAGAAUUCCACUUGAGAACUCAAGUUCCAAACACUCUGGAAUUUUAUCCACAAAUGCGUUUUAAGCUAAUUUAAAAGAAGUAGAAAUGAGUACUGUGAUCUGCAGCAACAUCUUCGUAACUGGUUCUGUUUUUCAUUUUGGGUUCCUAACAAAGUUUUACAUGUUCUUAAAUUUAGCCAUGGAAAUGGAAGCCCUGAAACAAGAGAAUGCUCAACUGAAGUACAUUUGUGAUAAUCAGAAGCAUUCAGUUGCAGAUAUUGAGAGGCUAAAGAGUGAAAUAGAGGAGUUGCUGCAGACAGUCAAUAAAAAAACCAAGGAACUGGAGACAGAGCAACAUCACUUGUGGAAUGAGGAAUUAAAAUACGCUAGAGGAAAAGAAGAGGUAUGUGAAUCUACACUAAUGUUUUGAAAUCAGAUAUUCUGACCACUCACAAAGUCUGCUACUUUAUGCUUUCUAAACUGGAUGAAAUUGCAGAGCUUGAUUCUUGUGGUAGAAGAGUGAUUGCUAGAAUCCUAACGGUUUCUUAAGCAGCUAGAGCAUGAGGUAUAGCCACGAUUUUGCUUUUAGUCUUUAACUUAAGCAAUAGUAGUUGCAGUUCUGUUUGCCUGACACUGGAUCCUGUUUCAGCUACAACAGUGCAUAUUUUUGUUGAGAAUUGGUGUAGCAAAACUGACUUGGAUCAACUGCUGCCUGGGUCACUAUAGUCUAACAACUACUUAACUUUUUACUGAAUCAUACUCUGAAAGACAAUAUAAAAAGGGUAUUUUUUUCCAUGUUGAAGCACAAAACAAAUGUGAACCAAAAAAGCACCAAAUACUUUAGGUUUUGUUUCCUUGCUCUUGUCAAUUUAUCAACUGCAGUGUUUUAAAGCUGUACCUCUUUUUGUGUCCCCUCCCCCACUACCACCUUUAACAGAUUGAAGCCCAAUUGGCAGAGUUCCAUAGAGGGGCUCGAAAGCUGAAACUAAUACCUAUAAAUUCAGAGAACUCCGGCGGCCUUGAUUUUGAGAUUAAGUUUAAGCCAGAUUCAGGGCCAAACUGUCUGGUCAAAUACAGAGAACAAAUUCAUGUAAGUGUAUGCUUAUGUUUUGGUAUAAAUAGUCCUCUUUAAAAAGCCAUGCAAAGUGUGUGGAGGGUAGAUUUUAACAUUGCUUACAAAUGAAGAACACUUAGCAGAACUAAUCUGUCCUACUUGUGGACUUCCCAUAGGCUCCUGGAUGGCAACUUGGUAAAGAGGAUGCUGGCUGUCCUUAUGAUAGAAUGGAUAAUGAAUCAGAAUGAUAGUGUAUUAUCAUAAAUUUAUUAAAAUAUAACUAGGUCUUCCAAAGUUGUCACAGUGGGAUAAGGAUGCAAGCAGUCAGGACUAAUUUGGCCCCUUGGGUAUCCUAUCAGUUCAUGGAAAUCUCUUUCACUCAGUUUUUGUCUCUCUCUCUCUCCCACCCCCUUUACAAUAUCUCUAUAAUCAUUACAGGUCCCACUUAAGCACCUCAUAAGCAAUACUGAAGACGAAAUUGAAAGUGCAAUAAAGAGAAAAAUUGGUCUAGAAGAGGCCUUAGAACAGGUGAGUGUCCAAAUACUUUGGCUCCAAUCGGAAGCCCCUGCCUUUCAAAAUUUUAACUGUCCCCAAAACAAAAAAUAUAAACUAAGUAGAUUUGUGUUGGUGGUUAAGUACAGGUAGCUAGUUAGUAGUGGAGGGAAUAGCUGAAUGAAUAGUGGAAUGAAGAAAAGACAGGGAACUAUUGGUGCCUUUAACCCCUUUUCAGCUACACACUUAACUUCUCUGAAUGUAGAUAUAGCUCAUGCAUUUUCAAACCCUGUUCUGCAUGUAGGCUAAGUAGUGAAGGUUUAGAUUCUUGAGAUGCCAAAUCUGACAAUAUGAUUGAUUCUAAACUCAUUCCCUGAUCCUCUAAGGCAGCAUGUUAGGAGUGUUCUGUCUGCCACUAGAAGUGUAGAUGUCUAAGAAAAGGACUGGAUACAGGGGCUACUUUGUUCCUUUCUUCUGCUAUUGAUAUCUUUUUAUUAAAUGCAUAUUUUUAAAGGGAAGCACAAUGGUAGCAGAGCAGAACAGCACUCUGAAAAUGCUAAGAGAAGAAGGCCAAAAAAUGGAAGAUCAUUAUCAGCAAAUAAUGAAGGUAGGUAGAGUGUUGCUUAAACAGGUUUGAACACUUACAAAACAGUAAUUUGUUUACUGUAUUGCUAGUCUGCAUCUAUUUAUAAAUAUAUGUUUCUAAAUAAUUCCUUUAAAGUGCUGAUUUAGGACAAUGAAUGUUUGCUUUUAUGAAAUGACGUCUGAAAUUGGGAAGUGGUUGACUACUUCAAUUGGCAGGCUUGUAAGAGACAAACUGCUUGUGACAGAUAGUGUGUCUGAAUUUUCAUGAAAGCUUGAGGAUACACCACAAGAGUCUUCACAGCCUCCACCUGGAAUGGGAGCUAAUUAUCUGCUGGUGAAGAAAAAUAUUCCCUAUCCUAGAGCAAUAUUCCGGAAUUGAAACAAGGCCACUAUAUUUUAUAUUUAUAGCCCUCCUCCCAAUUUCCUCUUUGAAUAGUGUCUAUAUACAUGUUACAACCAUGUCAUUACAUUAAUGUAUUCUGAAGUGAUAAUUUAUAUUGCAGAAAACUGAAGAAGAGGAAGAAAAAGGUAUCCAAGAGCUGGAAUCGUUGGAAAAACAUAAAUAUUUGCUUGAGGGUGGAGUCAAUGAAGGUGUCAGUGAAGCUAAGAAAGAGCUACAAGAACUCGAAUGCCAGUAAGUGGAAUAGUCUAUUGAGAUGUAGAUGUAGGAUGUGUUUUAAAAUACACUAAUGUAUCUGAAUUUUGUUGCUCUUCUGCAAGUGCUCAGUUAUUUGUGAACAGUAUCUAUAUUGAAUGAAUGUGCAAGAAAAGAUCUAACACAAAAUUUGGUAUGCCUUCACCCAUUAAAAUGAAUAAGCAUACUUAACAGUUUUGGAUUGUAGUCAUGAUGUAUUUACUCCCCAGAUACCAAGUGGUUAUGAAAACAACAUCGGAAGAGAAACGGAGAGCGCAUAAAAAUCUACAACUCUGUCUGGAACUGACAUCUAGCCAUCUUGUGUCUGUAAAGGUAACUAAUUCUACACUUAAACUGUUGUUUAUUUUCAUCAAUCUGUAAUUCCUUAAAUGCUUAUUCUUUCUUUAAGUGCUUAUUUCUUCAUGAGCGACCAUACAUAGUUUAAUAACCAUGCAUGUGUUUUUCAUAUGGAGGGGCUAUAGCUCAGUAACAGAGCAGAAAGAUGUGCAAGCAGAAAGACCCAGGUUCAGUCCCUGGCAUCUCCAUGAGAUAGGUGAUGAGAAAGCCCUCAGUCUGAGUCAUUGGAGUGCUGCUACCAGUCAGAAUAGAUAGCACUGAGUUUAGGUGGAGCAAGUGACCUGGUUGGGUACAUGGAAGCUUUGCAAAUUGUGGGGAGAUAAAAUAAUUUGGUACUUUCAUAUUACUGUAUAUUCCUGUUUCCAUAUAUGUGUUGGAAUUAUGCCUGAUAAAAUACUACAUAUUAUAGGUUAAGAUUCAUAGGUAGGUGUAUUUCUCUGGCAGCUUAGAAAGAGGGCAAGCAGCUGCAUAUUGCAGGGGGUUAGACUACAUGAUCCUCAGGGUCCCUUCCAACUCUAUGAUUCUACGGGAUUACUAAUUUAUUAAAAUGAUGCUAUGCUAGUUUCUCAAAAAAAAUCCUGAUCAUACUGUAUGAUUUACUGCAUGGGCAUGUUUAUUUGAAUGCACAUCUAAUUGAGGGCAACAAAGUGCAUUGGGUGUAUGCCUAUGGUUCCUGAUCCAACAAAUGAUAUGCAUGCAAUAGCUUGUUUCUCUGUGUUGGUUUUCUUACCUGGGUCUGGACAAGAGCUUCUAGCACGAUGGUGAGACAUAUUCCCAACAUAACUUUGAUUAUGUUGCUUCUCCACAAUGUUUGCUUUGUUUUUAUAAAAGGUAAAAGGUUGAGAUUUCUCUUUUGCUGCUAUGCCUUUCAAAAAUGCAGUUCUAAAAUCUGACCUCUUAUUUUAUUCUAGACCUACCUGACUGAGCAAAAUGCAAAAGUUGAUAGGGCAUUUGGUAAACUGAUGUCUGAAGAUCCAUUGGCAAACUUGAAAGAAAUCCUAAAUAGUUACAAAAAGAAAGUCGAGACUUUGUAUGCUUCAGAAAAAUAAGCGUGAAAACCUAUUUGAAUCUUUUACAAAUAACAUUAUCCUAUGCUUAACUUUACUUUAUUUCCAUAUAUUCCACUUUGGUAUGUAAGUAUUUUAAAGAUGAAGUUUUUUUAAAAAAAAGAAAAAAGCUGUGUUGAUCUGGUACUGUGUUGUCACAUGCUGUUAAUAUCCCUCACUUCGUUUAAUGUCCUUACUUGAAUGGGACUUAGCAUCAUGGAUAGGCGUACACACUACACCUUUUCUAAGAUGCUAUCUGUCUCAUUCACUUUUUGUAAAUUGUUGCAGCCCUUCUUCAAAAAUAUUCUUGCAGGCAAAUGGCUUCGUUUUUUAUAAUGACAUACCAAAAUCAAUAUACAAAACAAACUGUAGAUACAAAGACUGUUCUUAUACCAGCUUGUUUUUUGACACAUAUAACUAUUUUCCUAUUAAUAUUGGGUUAAGUAAUUUCAAAAGGCAAUUAAGGGUUGGGACUUGGUCUAGUGAGCUAUUUAGCACUAUCUAAAUUAUCUGUUAAACUACUAAUUUGUAUAGUUCCCUGAAGAGUUUAAUAACAUGUACAUGUUUUGUUAAAUUUUAUACUUUUCAUCAUUUGUAUUAUCCUAUUUUUGUGUAUUAUUUUUGUGUGUUAUCCAUAGUUACCUUUAUUAAAUAGAUGUUGCUUGC